AUGGUGCUGCUGAUGUGCGUGCUGUGGGCGGUGUGUGCGGCCACGCUGCGGGGCGAGUCCUGGGACCGGACCCGGGACCGGACCUGGGACCAGACCCGGGACCAGAUCUGGGGUCAGUCCUGGGGUCAGUCCUGGGGUCAGUCCGGGGGCGAGUCCCGGGGUCCCGUCCAUCAUCUGCCGCAGUUCCAGGACGCCUCGGAGCCGCUCGUGGCCCGGGAGAUGUUCAGACCGGUUCUCCACAGAAGUCCGCUCCCUCCCGGUCUGGGCGCGUUGCUGCUGCCCCGCGCUGUGACUCGGCACGCGGGGCCGGGGCAGCACGCGCCCCCCGCGCCCGUGGACCUGUGGUGCGGCCUGCGGCAGGUGAGCGUGCGCGUGGACCGUGAGCGGCUGCGUCACUGGAGCUCCGCGGGUCUGUUCCGGUUCGGCUCGUGCCCCGUGAGCGCGGCCACGCCCCGGUACCUGUACUUCCACCGCGGCCUGGGCGAGUGCGGCGGACACGUCCAGGUGGUGGGAGGGCAGCUGGUGUACGGGUACUCACUGACCUACGCCGCGCCUCCCCAGGGCCCAGUGCUCCGAGUGCCCCCCCUCAACCUGCCCCUGAGCUGCCACUACAACAGGUUCCAUUACUCGUACAGGUUGGGGUAUCGGCCUUUAGCUCCGCCCUCGUCCUUCAUGAUGAGCACCCGAACCCGAGGCAGCUUCAGCCUCAGCGUCUGCAACAGUGAGUGGGAGGUUGUCUCUCCAGGUCACCUGUUCGUUCUGGGGGAGCCCGUUCACUUCGUGGCCCAGGCCGGAGCUCUGCUGCCCGGGGAGAGACUCUACGUGGACUCCUGCCACGUGACGGGCUCCAGGGACCCGGACGGGGCCCCGAGAGUCGACAUCAUCACCAACCACGGCUGUAUGGUGGACAGUGUGAGGCCCAACAGCGGCUCGCGGUUUGUGUGGAGGGGCCCCGGUGAGACGAGGGGCCCCGGGGAGCUGCGCUUCUCUGUGGACUCCCUCCUCUUCACCCCGGGGACUCAGAUGUUGUUCCUUCACUGCUCCAUGUCCCUGAGUCUGCAGCUGUCGCCCACCUCCAAGAGCUGCACCUACGACCGGGCCACGCGCAGGUGGGUGGAGCUGGACGCGUCUCCCUCCGUGUGCUCCUGCUGUGACUCUGUGUGCGGGGCCCCUGGGGACUUUGUGUCCAGUACGUUGGUGAGCAGCGCUGGGUGGAAUUUCGCACAGGACCAGGACAAGCUCCACGACUGGACUGUGUCUCUGAAGAGCAGAGGACCAGGCCUCACGGACGAGCUGCACGAGGGGACUGUGUCUCUGAAGAGCAGAGGACCAGGCCUCACGGACGAGCUGCACGAGGGGACUGUGUCUAUGAAGAGCAGAGGACCAGGCCUCACGGACGAGCUGCACGACUGGACUGCAUCUAUGAAGAGCGAAGGACCGAGCCUCAUGGAUGAGCUGCGUGAGGGGGCUGGGUCUCUAACGAGCAACAGACCAGGCCUCCUGGACGAGCUCCACGAGGGGACCUUGUCUCUGAAGAGCAAAGGACUGGGCCUCACGGAUGAGCUGCGCAAGAGAGCUGUGUCCCUGGAGAGCAGAGGACUGGCCCUCCUGAACGAACUGCGCAAUGGGGCUGUUUCUUUAAAGAGCAAAGGACUGGGCCUCCCGGACGAGCUGCACGAGGGGGCGGUUUCUUUAAAAGGCAAAGGACCAGGCCCUGCGGACGAGCAACGCGACUGGACUGCAUCUAUGAAGAGCAAAGGACCGAGCCUCACGGAUGAGCUGCGUGAAGGGGCUGUGUCCCUGGAGAGCAGAAGACUGGGCCUCCUGGACGAGCUGCGCAAGGGGGCUGUGUCUUUAAAUAGUAAAGGACCAGGCCUCAUGAACGAGCUGCACGAGGGGGACCAGUGGGUUGGCACACAGAGGGACAGACCAGAGAAGGACAGAGGAAUGGAAUACAGCGAGCCCCGCCCCCAGGACACUCAUCCCCGCCCCCAGGACACUCAUCCCCGCCCCCAGGACACUCAUCCCCCAGCCCUCCUUUGA